GUAAGAAGCGUAAUUGAAGCUGAAAAUAUUUCUAAAAUAAUAUAAGAGAAUAAUCUUCCUCUUCUUUAACUUCCAAUUUACGUUCCUUUUAUUUUCAACCGAAUUUUAGCAGCGUUCGCCGCCUUGUAGACCACCGCCGCCCGCGACUCAUAGCGGCCACCAUCGCCAAUCCGUCGUCAGCUGGAAAUUUCCUGUGACUCAACACCGGCCGCCUUUAAUCGACUUGCAUCCCCAAACCCCUCAGAGCCCUCCAAGUUCCCCGAGCACAGGCAUUGGCCCAGCACCGCCCAUCAUGCCUACCAUCUCAGUAGACAAGUACAAGCUCUUCGAGGCCCUCGGCCGCAAAUACACCAAGGACGAAUUCGAAGACCUCUGCUUCGAGUACGGCGUCGAGCUCGACGAAGACACCGAGGAGGAUGAGCGCCCCAUUGUCAAUGGCGUGCAGGAGCCGCCACAGCUGAAGAUCGAAAUCCCCGCCAACCGCUACGAUAUGCUGUGCUUCGAAGGUAUCGCCAUGAACCUAAACAUCUUCCUCGGCCGCAUGACACCUCCCAACUACCGCGUUGUCGAGCCCAAGGACGCCGAGCAGCAGGUCAUCACCGUCCACCCCGAAACCCUCAAGGUCCGCCCCUUCGUCGCCGGUGCCGUCCUCCGCAACAUCAAGUUCACGCAGGAGCGCUACGACUCCUUCAUCGGCCUCCAGGACAAGCUGCACCAGAACCUUGCCCGUAACAGAACGCUCGUGUCCAUGGGUACCCACGAUCUCGACACCAUCAAGGGCCCCUUCACCUACGAGGCGCUCGACCCCAAGGCCUUCAAGUUCAUCCCGCUCAACCAGACCAAGGAGAUGACCGGCGAGGAGCUCAUGACCUUUUACGAGUCCGACAAGCACCUGGGCCGCUUCCUGCACAUCAUCCGCGACGCCCCCGUGUACCCCGUCAUCUUUGAUGCCAACCGCGUCGUCUGCUCGCUGCCCCCCAUCAUCAACGGCGAGCACUCCAAGAUCACCCUCAACACCACCAACGUCUUCAUUGAGAUCACCGCCACCGACAUGACCAAGCUCGCCAUCGUCACCGACAUGCUUGUCACCAUGUUCUCCAUGUACUGCGAGGAGCCCUUCACCGUUGAACCCGUCAAGAUUGUCUCGGAGCACAACAACCUCAGCCGUGUCACACCUGUUCUCAAGCCGCGCGAGACCACCGCCGAGGUCGACUACCUCAACGCCUGCACUGGCCUCAACGGCUCCCCUGAGGACCUCUGCAAGCUUCUCACCAAGAUGGCCUACGUUUCCAAGCCCUCUGCCACCAACAAGAACCUCCUCGACAUUGCCAUCCCUCCCACACGCGCCGAUGUCCUGCAUCAGUGUGAUAUCAUGGAAGAUCUUGCCGUCUGCCACGGCUUCAACAACCUCCCCCGCACAUCUCCCGCUCGCGGUGCCACCGUCGGUGGUGCUCUGCCCAUCAACAAGCUCGGCGACAUUGUCCGCAUCGAGACCGCCAUGGCCGGCUGGGUCGAGGUCCUCCCUCUCAUCCUCUGCUCGCACGAUGAGAACUUUGCCUGGCUCAACCGCAAGGAUGACGGCAACACUGUCGUCCGUCUUGCCAACCCCAAGACCCUUGAGUAUCAGGUUGUCCGCACUUCGCUGCUGCCCGGUCUUCUCAAGACCAUCCGUGAGAACAAGGGCCACAGCGUGCCCAUGAAGAUCUUCGAGGUCUCCGACGUUGUCUUCAAGGACGAUGCUGAGGAGCGCAAGGCUCGCAACCAGCGCAACUUUGCCGCUGCCUGGUGCGGCAAGACCUCUGGUUUCGAAGCCGUCCACGGUCUUCUCGACCGCAUCUUCCUCAUGCUCAACGCCAAGUUCUUGACCGAGGGCUCAGCUACCCCCGGUAACCCCGACGGCUACUGGAUCGAGGAGCUCAACGAGGAAACCUUCUUCCACGGCCACGCUGCCUCGGUGCACCUCCGUCUUGAGGGCAAGGAGGCCCGCGUUGGUGAAUUCGGUAUCCUGCACCCUACCGUCUUGGAGAAGUUUGACAUUAGAUAUCCCGUCAGCACGGUAGAAGUCAACCUCGAGGCUUUCUUGUAACGAACCAAAAGAAAAGAGACCAAUACUACAUAUAUGAAAAAAGAGUAAACUGGACAAACAAAAAGAGACGUAGGGCCAUGCUGGAAAUAGAGACACUUGGUUUUUACGCGGCGUUAUUCGUCAUAAAACAAUAAAUUCAUCAAACAUCUAUCUAUGCAUAUGAGUCUGAACUAAUGCGUGUAAAUGGAGGAAGCAAUAACUUUAUAAACCCGCGAUGCAACGCUCAUCAGAGACUGACAAACACCAUCCCACCUCCUUCUAACCAUAAAAAGCUUGUUCUGAAAUCAACUAUUACAAGAAGAAUCAUACAAUAGCCCUCUUACGCCAUCUCUCGCAUUUCCUGGUUCGCAGGCUGCGUUUUGGUCGCAGGCGCUGGCUCUGGCUCCUCAGUAAUGCCCAAGUUGCUCAGCAUUCCUCGCCCGAUAUUUAGGCCAGCAAAUCCUUCCUUGAUGGCCGUAAAGGCGCGCAUGCCCUCUGCUGAUGCGCUUCUUUGAAGCGAGGGAUUGGCAGCGGCAGGUGUAAGGGACUCAUGGGCCGUCUCGACAGACGUCAGCACAGACUGGCUAGACGUGAGAGGCGCAAUGCGAGGAGAUGCGCCGCCUUGAGUGGGUUCCUCUGUCACGACAGAGGGAUAAUUGAGGGACGAUACGGCAGCCAUGCGCUCCGUCUCAGCGGCAGCAGCAGCAUUAAGACCCGCGUUCAUCUCAUCAUCAGUACGACCGAAUAACUGAUACCACCAGCGGAUGUCCUUGAGACGGGGCAAUAGAAUGCGUUCUUGGCCCUUGAUAUGAUCGUCAAUAGUGGAGUCGUAGUCGGGAUUCGUAAACUCUUGCUUGCGGCACAGGAAGUAGUCCCAGACAGAGGAUGUGCGCUCAGCAACCUUGGCAUCGACACGCUGCUUUUCCGAGUUGUAAAGGAAUGUGCCGUACUGACACGAGUAGAGAUGGUAGAGGAGACGGCGGAGGAAGCGUUCAUUGUACUCGAAGCGCUUCGGGUUUUGCUUGACAAGCUGGUACGUGCAGUCGAGGAAUUGGUGGAAGACGGGACUGACCAUCUUUGGCGUAGUGGCUUGGGUGUCAACUGUUUUGACAGAUGCCGUCUCGUCGCUGUUGGACAUGUCUACGUCGUCCUUGUUCUGGUUAAAGAAGCGCUUAGCGCCGCUGAGAACGUUUUGGAAUGUCUCGUUGACGCCGUCAUUCUCGCCAGGCUGGACCUUGGUGCCUGCAAAGGCGUCUCGUUGGGUGGUGAACCAGUCUUCAUGGUUGAGGUGGCCAGAUCGUAAUCUAAACAUGUGGCCAAAAGACAACCAAUCCUUUUCUACAAGAACAAUGAAGCCCUCCAUGGUUCGGUAGUACGGGUCCAGCAUGAUUUGCGACAGAGCGCUCAGCUGGCUAGUGCGGUCCCAGCCAUCGGAGCAGUGGAUCAGGACGUGUGAGUGGUUGAUACCGACUUGUCUUGCAAUAAUGGCUGAUCCGUCGAGGACGUCAUGGAUGUGUUUCAGCCAGCCGCUGUUGUGAAGCAAUUCGCGGUUUGGCGGCAGUGGCGAGAUGUCGGCGUCCUUGAGCGAAUCGACAACCUUGCUGAGGGAGCUGCGCAUGACAUGAAUAUUUUCAAUGUUGAGGAAGAUUUUGCGGGCAAAUUUGUACUUGUCCAUGUUUUCCGAGCCCAUGCCCUGCACCUGGUUGACCAUGGCGUUAAUGGUUGGUCGAGCGUCGACAAUUAGGUUGCUCUGCUGAGCACCGUAUAUCAAGCGCUUUCCCGUCUUUGCGUCAAAUAUCGCUGCCGACUUGGCAAUCAGAUCAUCUUCAUAGCGCUCUGUUUCCGACAGCUCCGGUUCGACUGUAGACGGCGUGUUGGAGAGGUCUAACUGGCUAGAGACUGGCGUCUGCGCACCAGAUCCUUCUGGCAUGGACGCUGAGAAGGACGCAGCGACCAGCUUCUCAUCCUGCACAUUUGUUUUCCUUGUAAUUCCAGACAGAGGCUGCGAGCUGCGAGUGAUUGUGCAGUUAUUGACGGGGUGGAUAUAAGAUAGGGCAGGGAUUCUGUUUCGAGACCGAAAGUCCUUUGCAUAUUUGAGAACGUUGUCGGAUAUCUUGGACGGCACGACAAGGAACGCCGGGUACGUAUCGCAGAAAGUGUAGUCCUUGUUUAUCGUGGUCACUCGCCAUCCCUUGUCCGGUAGCUUCUCGCUGAUGCCCUGGCGUCUAAACUCGGCUCGAGGAUCGUAAAAGUUCCAUCCAUCGCAAGCCUUUUCAUUCUUUAGUGGCUUAUGGCUAAAGGCAAACAGCUUCUCCACGCUGCCUAGUUUGGCAGUCCGUGUCUUUAUAAAAUCAAAUGCUUCUUUUGCAACAUCGCUAUCGGCAAAGUUGAACGUGACAAAGGUAAAGUCGCGGCAACGGAUGCGAAUCGAUGGUGCUUGACGGGACGUGGGAGGGACGGGUCGGAACGUGCACUGCGAGAGCAUCGGAUAUGUGAGCCAUCUUUCUCGAGUCUUGGGCGGCUUGGGCGGAUCUUCUUUAGGAGCGUCGUCGGAUUCAGGGGCCGGUGCGCAAAAGACAAUAUGGAAAUCGGUCAAGCGUAGGGUGCCGCUCGUUGUCUGGCCGCCGUAUAUGCCCUGGACGUUGUCGACGAUCUAGAGAGUCAGCGAGACCUCGCUUGAAAGAGCGCAGGUGGUGUACCUUUUUGGCCUCCAUAGCAGUCAAAGUUGCCUUUCAAAUAUUGGCCUAUGAGGUGAGAAUUCCAAGCAUCAAUAUUUGUUGAGGAGAUGCGUGUGUCGUUGCGUUAAUGCUAAGCUCCGCGUAUGCCGCCGCCAGUGACGUUGCGUGUCUGCGGGGCCAAAGAGCCGAGCGUAUCUAUGUUGUGAUGUUGUGUAUGCCUCGUCUACUGCCUUUCUCCCGCUAUCGUGCGUCUUGAAAGAAACAAACGGUGAUGAUGACAAUGACAAUGAUGGCCUCGGCGUACACGCAGACAGGCAGUCCGAGUGCAGUGACGUCCGAGUGAGCUUGGUAUGCUGGGCACAAGGUGGGGGAAAUGCGGGCAUGCGACGACGUCAGGCGGUACAACAGCGCUGGAAGGCCGCUACAGCUCCGGCGCUAGCUCGACAGUGCAUGGGGUCGC